CGCCAUAGUACGUAUGUGAGAGGGUGGAUCCCAUGCACUUUUCUCUCUCUUCCGCGGGUCUCGAUAAUAGAACAGAGACAUCGCUAUAUCCACAUCGAAGCGAUGGCAGAGACAGUAUUCUGCAUAUGUGUACCAACGUUGCGUUUACGUUGAAAUAAAAUUGGAUAACGAGGAAACAGCAAGUUGACUCUGUGUGGAUGCUGGAUAUGGCAAGAAGUGCCCCACCCGCCAGGCCAUGCCAAUCAGAUCGCGCGCCUCCAUCAACUUUCGACCAAACCGCCAUCAAACAACCUCGCGAUGCACGAACUGCUUCUUUUCGCCUCGGCGCCUGCCAACCAGCACCAUGAGCUACUCCAACAGCUGGCUGGCCUCACCGCCAUGCAACCACGCCACCGUUUAGAACGACAUCUCGUCUUCAAAGCCACGCGCAAGACAGGCCAGAUCAACACACGCCUCGGCGGUGGCAGUCAAGAUGUCCAAGGCGCCGAGCUGCAACGCUUGACAAAAAUGUUGACAGGCGCCACAUAUUACACUCAAGUCGUCGGAGUCGUCAACGAAAGUGAUUUUGGCGCUUCGACCGAUACCUAUGAUUUUGACAGCCAGCUGUGGAGGAUGGAGUGGCGGGACAUCCCCGAAGCUGGCACGCGGUCCGCCGUCACAUCUCGCCUAAUGUCCAACGCCGUCCUUCCACACGGAGAUGUUGUUGCUACGAUGAACUCUUGGGGCUAUGAAUUUGUCACCGAGUAUGUAGUUGAAGGCGAUGUGUUUAUUCACAAUGACGUUGUCCUUUUUCUGCACCGUGUGCUCAAUUAUUCAGAUGAGGCUCCCAAAACACAGCAACCGCAAAAGAUGCUACCGCCAUUCAAAGACUUGACUCUGCUAGACCGAAGCGGGAGUUACCUUCUCCAGACUGCUGUCACAGUCCAGGACGGCUCAAAUCCUGAAAUGGUCAAAACCGCCACUCAGCAUCUGUUCAGACUGAAAGAGCAACUCCGUACUGCUGUCCGACUAGAGCAGGCAGAUCGGCUAUCGUUGGACACGCGGGUGAAAUGACGAGAUGAAAGCAUGAAGACUUUCUGUUACUUGAUUAUUUAUGCUAUGAUACCCGAAUUUAAAAAUUAUAAUCAAAUUAUUUUGCAGAUUUUGUUACGCGAUCUUAGUUCUGCAUUCCAUAUAUAUUUACGGCUGACGUUAUAAGGAUGUCUUCUUAGUGCUUCAACAUCGAAGCCUUCCAUACUUACAUUGAAGGAUACCUCUUCAAUAUAGCCAGAAAUUUCAAGAGAUUAAACACGUGGCCAUAU